AUGGUGAAGGCAGACGCCGAAGCAAAACAGAAGGCGAAGAAGACCAACCCAAGCAAAGCCAACGUGAUCUCCCAAAUCUCCCGUUCCAGAGGUCGUCUCCGCGUCGUCGGGCCCGGUCCGCGUGCGACGCCGGCAUAUAGGGUUUCGCCGGCGACGGCGAUGGACCCACCGGCUGGGGGCUCCGAUCGCCGGGCACCCAGUCAUAGCGCUGGCGUCGCGCCCUCUGGCCUCCGCCGAUAUGGCCUCAAUUUCUCCGCCUCCAGCCUCCUCCAGGCCCCCCUCGCGGCCCUCCUCGAGUACUCCGGCGUCGUCCAGUCCGGCCCUGCCCUGGCGGCGCACCACCCGUCCGCGAGGCCCUCGUCGCCGUUGUCGGCGUCGGAGGUCGAUGGCCUUCUCUCCGCCGCCGCCGCUGUGGACGGGGAGGUUUCGAUCCGGAUCCAGGGCGGCCCAGGCGACACGGAGGCCACGGGCGGGCCGGCCGCGGGGACCUCGUUGGAGGACUUGAUCGAGACGACCGCCGGCCCGGAGGUUGACCAGGCGUCCGCUGCGGGCAGGGGAGCAGGCGCUACGGACGCGGAGGCAAACGGUGGUGGGGCCGGCACGUCGGGGAACGGGGGCGGGGACCGUGCGUACCAGCGGUACGACGUGCACCACGUUGCGCGGUGGAUUGAACAGAUAUUGCCGUUCUCGCUGCUUCUACUCGUCGUCUUCAUACGGCAGCAUCUCCAAGGUUUCUUUGUCACAAUUUGGAUUGCUGCGGUAAUGUUCAAGUCGAAUGAUAUAUUGAGGAAGCAAACUGCUUUGAAGGGCGAGAGAAAAAUAUCUGUACUCAUUGGUAUUACAGUAAUCUUCAUGAUUCAUGUGUUUGGCGUAUAUUGGUGGUACAGGAAUGAUGAUCUUCUCAGACCUUUGUUCAUGCUUCCUCCAAAAGAUAUACCACCAUUCUGGCAUGCGAUUUUUGUCAUCAUGGUCAAUGAUACAAUGGUCCGCCAAGCUGCAAUGGCUGUCAAGUGCAUGAUACUUCUCUACUACAAGAACUGCAGAGGUCGUAACUACCGUAGACAGGGCCAAAUGUUAACCCUCGUGGAGUACCUUCUGCUUCUUUAUCGUGCUUUGUUGCCAACUCCUGUUUGGUACCGUUUCUUUCUGAACAAGGAAUAUGGGAGUCUCUUCUCAUCUUUAACCACUGGGCUGUAUCUGACUUUCAAGUUGACUUCAGUUGUCGAGAAGGUUCAGUCAUUCUUGGCCGCGGUGAAAGCACUUUCACGUAAAGAUGUGCAUUAUGGGUCUUAUGCGACUGCAGAACAGAGUUUUAGGGCUCAUGCCCCAGUCUUUCAACUAAAGUGA